AUGGGCGGUAUAGUGGCAUUCCAAUGGGAACAGCAACAACUGACUGUGCUUCAGAACCGGGACAAUUGGGAAGCAAGGCAAGUUAUUUCAUAUGAUUUUAUUCGACAUUUUGGCUUACUUAAUUUUGCAUGCAUCAAUGCAUGUUGUAUUACGUUGGUAAUAAAAGCAGCGGCUUGGGAUGAGGACAACAAGAUUUUGGCCGGACGGUGUGAAGUGAACGGAGGGACAUGGUUUGGUGUUUCUAGAAAUGGCCGAGUUGCUUUUCUUGCGGACUCAGCAUUACUGUUCGACGGCCAUGACGUUACUGAUGUUUCCGGCGGAGGCGCCGAGUGGCUUCCUGUUCAGUUCGUGGAGAGCAAAAUGAGUCCAAAGAAGUUUGCUGAGGAACUGCAACGGAUUGAAAAGAAUAGUUGUAUGAACGGUGAUGAUGAAGAGGAUGAUUACGAAAUGGAUCCUGAUGAGAGAGGCCUGACCUAUAACCUAAUUGUGGCAGACAUAACUUCUAGCUCAAUGUAUUACAUCUGCAAACCCAUGGCAUUUAAGCCACGUGUCGAUAUAGAAAAAGUUGCAUUUGGUGUGCAUACCCUUUCUUCAGACGGACUCGAUAAUCCCGAAUCUCCCAAGGAUCUACGUCUGAAAGGCCUUUUUAAUGGGAUAAUUGUCGCUUAUAAAAACAAACAGCUACCACCAUUGAAGGAGCUUGCUGAGAGGCUUAUGUAUGAUCGAGUCCAAGCUGUCCAAGGAGACCAACUUUCCGCGUUGUUUGUCGAAAAAAUGGAUUUUCAACCUCUCACAGAAGAUGAUGAAAAGAAACGCUAUGGAACGACGAGCACCACAGCAUUCGCGGUGAAGCCCACUAAGGAGGUAGUGUUCUACGAGAGGCAUUUUGAGCCUGGCGGCGGAUGGACACACCACGACUUCACUUUCAACAUCACCGCCUAGUUAAACACUCAAGCACCCAUAUCCAAAUAUCUUAUAGCUAUGUUAAUUAAUAAUGUUGCUGAUGCUUUAAUUAAUUAAAUUAACCUUGUCGUCGAUCCAGGGAAUCCACGGUACUAGUCUAAAAAAAACUAAUAUGCUUCUUAUUAAAAUAAAUAAAUAAAACAAGAUUAUGUCUUCUUCU